GUGCUCGUAAAAUUUGUCUUUAUGUAUCUAAAAUUGAUUAAUAACUUUUAAUUAACCAGGCCAUUGGGUGGUGGUUAUUAAAGGUCAGCAAAAUCAGCAUGGCUCUCUGCUUUCGUUUGCUUCUCCUUGCUGGAUUAAUCUUCUUUGAGUCUUGCUAUGCUUUCCCCCGCAAACAAGUAGGAGACCCUCUCUCAGCUGUACAGGGGCUGGUAGGCCGCAUUUUGGGCAGUGAAUAUGUAGGAAAGCUCCAGUACGAGGUCAUAGAUGAUGAAGAUGGCUAUGAUGUUUUUGAGAUUGACAAAGGGACCUCAUCUCCUGUUGUCCUUAGAGGUAACAAUGGAGUUGCUUUAGCCUCAGCAUUGAAUGGUUACCUAAAGUAUUACUGCAACUGCUCUAUAUCAUGGGGUAUAGACAGAAGUGGUGAUCAGCUCAACCUACCUAGCCCAUUGCCUCAGCCACCUGUCAAAUCAAGAUAUGUUUCUCCAGUCAAAUAUAGGUACUAUCAGAAUGUCUGCACUGUAUCUUACUCAAUGGCUUGUGGUGAUCUAAUGUCAAUGACAGAGAGUCUAAUGGAUAAGUACAUGGCUGAUUACAGCCAGCGCUAUUAUCAGAUAAUGAAUGCUGAUAUUGGUGGUCAUAACCUGUUUGGUGGCAAUGCUGGUCCCUGGACAAGGAACCUGUUCCAAGUUGCUUAUCUUUGUGACAUUAAUCCAUCCUGUGCUGGCUUUACUAACGAAGGAUAUUUAAAGAACUCCAGCUCUGAUCAGCUCCCAUCACCAGGAAACAUAUUCUAUGCUAAAAUUAUUUAA